AUGGCUCAACUAGAGUAUGCAAGUACGAUUUGGAGUUUGAUAUACGUCGUUCAUUGUACUAGAGCAGAUAUUGCAUUUGCGAUUAGUAAACUAAGUAGGUUUACUAGCAAUCCAAGUAUUAAACAUUGGAAGGUCGUGGAAAGAAUAUUUGGAUAUCUUAAAAUGCCCAUAUAUUAUGCCUCCAAUAAUCUAUGUGUUCCUAAGAUACUUGAGGGAUAUUCUGAUACAAGUUGGAUAUCUGGUGUAGAAGAUAAUCUCUCCAUAAUUGGUUGGGUGUUCACUCUUGGUGGGGAUGUCGUUUCUUGGGGAUCUAAGAAAAAAACAUAUAUAAUUCACUCAACCAUGGAUUUCAAGUUCGUAGCUCUUAUAGCAAUCGGCAAAGAGGUCGAGUGGCUAAGAGAUCUCAUGUUAGAGAUACCAAAAACCGUGGUUGAUGUAUCAAGAAUUUUGAUACAUUGUGAUAAUCAAGCCACUUUCAUUGGAGCUUACAACAAAAUAUACAAUGGGAAGUCUAGACAUAUAAGUCUAAGACAUGACUACGUGAGAUAA